UUUUAUACUGCCUUCAAAAGGAAACAUUCCAACACCAAGCUUUCCUGGCUACCUGUCAUCUGAAGCAUCUGCAUUAACAUCUCAUCAUUUAUGGAACUCUAAUGAUUUGCGGGGUAGUGCUUCAGAUUUCCUACGAAAGGAUAUCUUACCAUCGCGGCCUGGGGCAUAUGUCGUAGAUGAUAUAGCGGGUGUCGGUGUUCAUCCUGAACCUGUUCUUGGUGGAUUAUCAGCUGCAGCAAGCUUUAGAGGCUACCCAUCUCCUCUUGAAGAUCCAAGUUUACUUGGCCAAAGACGAGAUGUUGCACUUGGAAUUAGUCCUGGCAUCCCCGACAUAAUUAAUGAAAGACCAGAUUCUUUGAGAAAGGCUGAUCUCCCUUCUGCUGCAGUCGGAGAAUCGAACAUUCUGUUCGUUGAUGGUCUUCCAACUGAUUGUUCGAGAAGAGAACUAGGCCAUCUUUUUCGUCCUUUCAUUGGCUUUAGAGAGAUAAGAGUAGUUCAUAAGGAACCGAGACGUGAAGUGCUGGCUAUUGCAAUGAACGAGGGAUUGGGACUCUGUGCAUGCUGUUACUUUUUGUAUCAAUAG